CUACACCGGAGGCCCAUGAAGAGCCCAGUAGAAAGGCGUAGUGUAGUGGGAACCCUCGGGGAGUCGCGGCGCGAGCACACCACUGACCUCUGCGGCGGCGGCGAGGAGAGGAGAGGGGAGAAGCCGAGGAGGAGGCAGCGGGGAGAGAGGAUGCCGCGGCCGGAGGUGCAGGCGCCGCCGGAGAUAUUCUACAACGAGUCGGAGGCCCGCAAGUACACCACCUCCUCUCGCAUCAUCGAAAUCCAGUCGAGGAUUACCGAGAGGGCGCUCGAGUUGCUUGCGCUACCCAACGAUGGCGUCCCCAAGUUGCUUCUCGACAUCGGGUGCGGUUCUGGACUUAGUGGCGAGACAUUGACAGAGCAGGGCCAUCACUGGAUUGGUUAUGAUAUUUCGAAGUCCAUGCUUGAUGUUGCUCUGGAGCGUGAAGCGGAGGGUGAUCUCCUUCUUGCAGAUAUGGGCCAGGGUUUAGGCUUGCGGCCUGGAGUUAUUGAUGGAGCAAUCAGUAUUUCAGCAGUUCAGUGGUUAUGCAAUGCUGACAAGUCUUGUCACAACCCAAGAUUGCGGUUAAAGGCUUUCUUUGGAUCAUUAUAUAGAUGCCUAGCAAGGGGAGCAAGAGCCGUUUUGCAAUUUUAUGCUGAUAAUGUGAAGCAGAGUGAAAUGAUCGUGACUGCUGCCAUGCGUGCUGGAUUUGCAGGUGGAGUGGUUGUUGACUGGCCUCACAGUUCAAAAGCAAAGAAAUCCUACCUUGUCCUCACUUGUGGACCACCUUCUCUAAAUUCAUCGCUUCCGAAGGGUAAAGGUCAAGAUGGUGCCAUGUGUAGUGAUGAUGAUGAGAGCGAUGAUGGAAGUGGUGAUGAAGAUGGAGCCCAAACAGUCGGCAUAUAUGAAAGAAAUAGGCCAAAGAAGAGGCAGAAGACGAAGAAGAACGGCAAGGGCAAGGCUUGGCUCUUGAACAAAAAGGAGCAGCUGAGAAGGCGAGGACGGGAGGUGCCCGCGGACACCAAAUACACAGGGCGGAAGCGGAAAAGCUACUUCUAGUUUCAAAUGAUUCUUGGAAUGCCUGUGCACCAUUUUGCCGUUUGUCAUACUAGUAGCUCAUUAUUAGUAGUACGAGAAAGGUUCAGUUGAAGAGUUGGGUGAAUGCGCUCUCUCUCUCUACACCAUAGAGCCGUUCAUGUUCUGUAACCUUCUAGCAAUUCUGAGUUUUGACAAAUGCUGUGCAAAUCUAUGUCCUACUUUUGAAGGAUCCAGUAUUGUAUGUUUGUUGCUUAAAAUUUUA